AUGCUCUCCAAUCCUGUGGUGCGGCGCCCGCCCUCCGUGCUCGCCAUGAACAACGCCCUGCACGACCCCAAGCCCUCUGGGUUACCUUGUCACGCGCCCCGCUGCUACUGCUUCCUGACCCACCUGCCCUUCUUCGACCUGCACUUUGAGGAACGUCUCGACCACAUGAAGCAGCACAUGAGGCGCAUCAACGCCGGGGGCAUCCAAGCCAUGCGACGGGGGGGCUUUCACAGCGAUGACGACGACGAUGAGGAGGAUGACGAUGACGAUGGCAUGGGCAUGGGCGCGGGUGGGAAGUCAUUUCGAGGCAAGAAGAAGAAGGAGAAGGACCCGAUGUCGUUCGCCGUGCCGGUUUCCACGCUCGCCCCGGCCCACUCCUUCUCUCGCCCGCCCUCGUCGCGGCGGCUGCAGGGCGUGAUGAAGUUAAAGGAGGAGGCGGAGCAGCAGGUGAAGAGCUUCAAGAGCCUGCGGGGCCUGUCGAAUGUGAAGGGGCUGCAGGGGUUUAUUGCUCAGUUGCAGGCGGAGCAGCGUGGGGAGGGCGGGGGAGAGGAGGGGAAGGGGCGCGGGGAGGGGAUGGAGGAAGGGGGGAUUGAGGAGGGCGAGGAGGGGGAGGAGGGGGAGGAGAGGGAGGAGAGGGAGCAGAGAGGUAUCGAGGAAGGGGAUGAGGAAGUGGAGGAGGAGGAGGAGGAAGAGGAGGAGGAAGACGAGGAUGGGGGAAUGGGUGCGGCUGAGGGGAGAAAGGAGGAGGGAGAGGGUGAGCAUGAGGAGCAAGUGGAGGAGGAAGAAGGGGUUGAGGAAGAGGAGGAAGAUGAGGACGACGAGGAUGAACUAUCGAUGAGGCAGGCAUCGCGGCGAGGCCGGCUAAUGGUACCGAAGGAGCUGCUGCAAGCACACGAGGAGGAGGCGGGGCGUGCGGGCGCCGGCGGUAUGUGGCACUCAGAUAGUGUGGGGUAUGGCAUGGGGGACGAUGAAGUGGAUGGGGAACUGAAGGAGCAUGUGAGGGAGUUGCUGGGGGAGCUGGUGGGCGGCGCGGGGGAGGAUGAGGAGGAGGAGGGAGAGGGGGAGGAGGGAGGGGAGGGGAACGUGCACAUGGAGGGCGGGUUUACGUUCAUCGCGGGUGUGCUGAAGCGGAGUUACCGUGAUCUGGGGCGGGAGUGGAGGGAGGAGGGCGACGAGGAGAGGCAGGGCGCGGGCGGCAAGGGUGGAAAGAGCCCGAAAAGUCCCAAGAGCGCCAAAAGCCCGAGAAGCCCUAGGAAUGGCAAGAGCUCUAGGGGGGGGAGUGGGGUUGAGGAUGGGGUGGGUGGACAGGAGGCGGGUGGAGGGGACGAGGGGAACGGGCGGGCACCGUCUCGGCGGAAGGCUGUGUCGUUUGGGGGAGUGGGCGAGGAGGUGGAGGCGGGUGAGAAUGACGGGGCGACGGGGGAAGGAGGAGGCGGGAAGGGAGGUGCAGGGGAGGGAGGAGAGGAGGGGGUGGAGGAGAGUGGGGCAGUAGGUGUGGGGAGGGGUGGGAGGAGGAAGAAGCUAGAGCGAGUGAUGACUGUGGAAGCGGGGGAGGCGAUGAGGAGGGCGGAGAGGGAGGAGGACAGUGAGGGGGAGAAGAGGGCUCACAGAGAGAGGCAGCGCUUGGUGCGGCUGAUGACGGUAGAGAGCGGUGGAGAGGGAUGGGUGGGCGGAGAGAGAGAGGAGGAGGAGGAGGAGUGGGGGGGAGGAGGAGGAGGACGAGGGCGAGCAGGGGGGAAGGCGCGGGGUGGCGGGAAGAAACUGGUGAGGCUGAUGACUGAAGAGGCGGGGCGAGCGAAGGGGAGGGGAGGAGGGCGAGUGGAGGAGGAGGAAGAGGAGGGAGAGGAGGGCGAGGAGCAAGCAAGGAGCGAGGUGGGCAGGAGUGGAAGGAAGAAACUGGUGCGACUGAUGACAGAAGAGGCCGGUAGAGCAAGGGGGAGGCAGGGAGAUGAGGAAGUGGAGGAAGAUGGGGAGGAGGGAGAGAGGGGCGAGGAGGACGAGGAGCAGGUAAGGAGCGAGAGAACCGGCAGCGGCAGGAAAAAGCUGGUGCGUUUGAUGACAGAGGAGGCAGGGCGAGCAGGAGGGAAGGCGCGGGGGAGCGGGAAGAAGCUGGUGAGGCUGAUGACUGAAGAGGCGGGGCGAGCAGCCGAGAGGGGGGAAGGUGGGGGAUGGGAGGAAGAGGAAGAGGAGGAAGAGGAGGAGGAGGAUGAGGAGCAGGUAAGGAGCGAGGUGGGAAGGAGUGGGAGGAAGAAACUGGUGCGAUUGAUGACAGAGGAGGCAGGGCGAGGCAGUGGAAAGAAGCUGGUUCGACUGAUGACUGAAGAGGUGGGGCAAGCAGAGGGGAAGGGGGCAGGUGGGGGGAAGAAACUGGUGCGGCUGAUGACUGAAGAGAAUGGGGCUUUGGGUGGGGUAGAUGAGGACGAGGAGUGGGACGAUGAAGAGAUGUGGGAAGGGGAGGAUGAGAGUGAGGAGGAGGAGGAGGAGGAGGAGGAGGAGGAGGAGGAGGAGGAGGAGGAGGAGGAGGAGGAGGAGGAGGAGGAGGAGGAGGAGGAGGAGGAGGAGGAGGAGGAGGAGGAGGAGGAGGAGGAGGAAGGCGGGCGUAUGGGGGGCCCGGGAGGGUUGUCUCUGAAGCUGCGACGAUCCAUGACUGUAGAUGACGAUGAUAACCCGCUAGGCCCUUGCCCUUAUAACGAGUACGACAUGCGUGCUGGCACCGGGGGUAGCAAGGCGGCGAAAGGCGAUGGAGGUGUGGGGGGAGGUGGUGGGGGCCGUGGGGCAAUGGAGCGCAAGGCGUCUCUGAAGCUGGCUCGCAGCAUCAGUGAGGACUCCGGGUCUGAGGAGGAACUGCCAGGGUACGAGGGGGAGGGGGACGAGGAGGAGGGGGGCGGGGGAGAGAGUGAGGAGGAGGAUUCGGAGGAGGAGCAGUAUGGGGAUGAGGAGGAGGAGGAGGACGACGAUGCUUUCUAUCGCGGGCUCGUGGAGGGGGGCGAGGGCGAGGGGGCGGGCGGGGAGCGGGGGGAGGGGGAGGGGGAGGGGGACUGCGGGGCGGAGGCUGUGCGGCAAUGGGCAGAGAUAGUGUGCGCGUACCACACCUCCGCAGUGCCCCCCUGCGGGCAGGCCAUGCUCUUCCAUCCAUUACCGCACCUGCCCUGCUGCCGCUCGGCUUCUCCCGCAGCGAGCUCGACAUCGACGAGCGCUGCUUCCCCCCUCAUGCCCUCUUCCACCCACCGACAACCUGCUGCUCAUGCACGCCCUCUGCUCCCCUUCCUCCCCAUCCUUCUUCCCCUGCCCCCUGUCUCACUCCAGGAUCACCACAACGACGCACUCCAAAUCGUGUGCGCGUACCACACAUCCCAGGUGCCCCCCUGCGGGCAGGCCAUGCUCUUCCAUCCGCUGCCCCACCUGCUGCCGCUUGGCUUCUCCCGCAGCGAGCUCGACAUCGACGAGCGCUGCUUCCCCGCCCACGCUGACGAUCUACUUUUAAGAGAGCUCAUGCACGCCGAGGAGGCCGCUGGGGUGGCGUGUUUCGCCGUUGCUGCUGCGUGUCGUGCACUCAGCCUUGACCAUAUCCUCACAGUGCUAGCAGCGGUGCUGCUGGAGCGCCAGAUUGUCUUCGUCUGCCCCAACCUCUCCCUCACUCCUCCUCUCCUCGCCGCCCCACGUCUCCCCUCCCCUGCCCCCGCCGCUAUACCCCCCUUUCAGAUCCUCACAGUGCUAGCAGCAGUGCUGCUGGAGCGACAGAUCGUCUUCGUCUGCCCCAACCUGGUGCGUGCUGCUGCUGCUGCUGCUGCUGCUGCUGCUGCUGCUGCUGCUGCUGCUGCUGCUGCUGCUGCUGCUGCUGCUGCUGCUGCUGCUGCUGCUGCUGCUGCUGCUGCUGCUGCUGCUGCUGCUGCUGCUGCUGCUGCUGCUGCUGCUGCUGCUGCUGCUGCUGCUGCUGCUGCUGCUGCUGCUGCUGCUGCUGCUGCUGCUGCUGCUGCUGCUGCUGCUGCUGCUGCUGCUGCUGCUGCUGCUGCUGCUGCUGCUGCUGCUGCUGCUGCUGCUGCUGCUGCUGCUGCUGCUGCUGCUGCUGCUGCUGCUGCUGCUGCUGCUGCUGCUGCUGCUGCUGCUGCUGCUGCUGCUGCUGCUGCUGCUGCUGCUGCUGCUGCUGCUGCUGCUGCUGCUGCUGCUGCUGCUGCUGCUGCUGCUGCUGCUGCUGCUGCUGCUGCUGCUGCUGCUGCUGCUGCUGCUGCUGCUGCUGCUGCUGCUGCUGCUGCUGCUGCUGCUGCUGCUGCUGCUGCUGCGAGGAGAGGCAGGGCCAAGGACUCAGAGUCCCUUCUCCCUCCCUCCCUUGCUCUCCGCUCUUCUUACCUGUUCUCCUCCUCCCUUGUGUCUGCCUCCGCCCCACAUGUUCGACCCUUCGUCUCCCCCCUCCUUCCCGCUCCUCUGCAGACGGAGGAGAGCAACAAGGAGGUGACUAGACUCAUGGAAUCGCACGAGGUGGAGCAGCAGCUGUGGCUGAUAGGGCACCGCAUCCUCUCAUCUCUUGCUUCCUGCCUCUCCUCUCCGCCUUAUCAACCCUUCUCCCAACCCUCCCACCCCCCUGCUGCUGCUGCUGUACCAUCGCUGCUCUCUUCCUGUCACCUUAAUGCCCCACCGCUUCUACUUUUCACAUGGCAACAAACAUGUGCUGUCAGCGGUGGUGCUAUCACUCAUCCCCAUGAUCCGCCCCUUCUCCUGGCAGUCCGUGCUGCUGCCGGUCCGUGCCAUCCCCCCACUGCCACACCCUCUCCUCCUUUGUCGGAGUUGGCACAUCUCUUGGCUCUUCCCUUCCCUGACCCUAUCCUUCCCAGCCAGCUUCUCACAUUCCUCGAUGCGCCCGUGCCCUUCCUCGUGGGCAUGCAGUACAAGACAGUGGAGCUCAAGGACCGAGCCAGCAACCUCAUCCGAGUGAACAUUCCCAAGGACAAGGUGAAGGUGCCCACGUACCUGCCGCGCUUACCAGACGAGGUGGACCUGUACAGCCGCCUCGAGCCAUACCACUCUGCCCUCGCCUCCAUGCCGCACGCUGACAAGCGCCCCAUGUACCGCACCACCGAGGACCAGGUGGCAGCAGCAGACGGUUUUCUGAUGACGCUGAGGAGCUACAUCGACACCUUCUGCACCGACGUGCGCAUCCACACCAUCACCAGCGUCAACCAAGGCGGGCAGCGGGCCGCCUCCAAGCCCGGCGGCGUUCUCAAGGGAGUGGAGGACGCCGCGCCGCACCGCCUCUCCUCCACGUUGCCGCAGCGCGUGCCGGAGCUGGUGGACCUGCGGGAGACGAUGGAGGAGGUGGUGCCGGAGCAGCGCGCGCGACUCGCGGAGAUUAAAGCCAAGUACGGCGACAUGGUCCUGGGUGACGUCACCGUCAACAUGGCGGUGGGCGGAAUGCGCGGCAUCAAGGGCCUUCUCUGGGAGACGUCGCAGCUCGACCCGCUCAAGGGCAUCAAGUUCCGCGGGCUGUCCAUUCCUGAGUGCCAGGAGCAGCUGCCCUCCGCGCUCGACGGCGGCCAGCCGCUGCCCGAGGCGCUGCUGUGGUUGCUGCUAACGGGCGAGGUACCCACGGAGGAGCAGGCAGUGUCGCUGGCCGUGGAGCUGCAGGACAGAGCGCGGCUACCAGAUGCGGUCUGUCAGGUGAUAUGGUCGCUCCCCCCAUCACUCCACCCAAUGACGCAGCUCUCCAUAGCCGUGCUCGCCCUGCAACGCACCUCCAAGUUCGCAGCCGCGUACCACCGCGGCACACACAAGCGAGACCUCUGGCGCCACGCACUAGACGACAGUCUCAAUCUGAUUGCCGCCCUGCCGGAGAUCGCCGCCCGGAUCUACAACCGCAGCUGCAAGGAGGGCGGCGCGCGGCCGGGUGUGCGGGCGGCGCGGGAGGAUCUGGACUACGCGGGGAAUCUGGCGCACAUGAUGGGGUUUGACGAUGAGCGGAUGGACGAGCUCCUAAGGCUGUACCUCACCAUCCACGCGGAUCACGAGGGCGGCAAUGUGAGCGCGCAUGCCACCCACCUGGUUGGGUCGGCAUUAUCCGACCCGUUCCUCGCCCUCUCCGCCGGCCUCAACGGGCUCGCCGGCCCGCUGCAUGGGCUGGCCAAUCAGGAGGUGCUGGGGUGGCUGCACGCGCUAAGGGCAGAGCUAGGGGAGCGACCCAGCAAGGAGCAGCUGGGGGAGCACGUGAGGCGGGGGCUGGCGGCAGGGCGGGUGGUGCCGGGGUAUGGGCAUGCUGUGUUGCGAGUGACCGACCCGCGCUACUCGUGCCAGCGGGAGUUUGCUCUGCAGCACAUGCCGCAUGACCCCAUGGUGCAGCUGGUGUCUGACCUGUACGAGGUGGUGCCGCCCAUACUGCAGGAGACUGGCAAGGUGCAGAACCCAUGGCCCAACGUGGACGCGCACAGCGGCGUGCUGCUGCAGCACCUGGGGCUCACCCACGCCAACUUCUACACUGUGUUGUUCGGCGUCUCUCGAGCCAUGGGCGUGCUCUCUCAGCUGGUGUGGGACCGGGCCUUGGGAUUGCCGUUGGAGCGCCCAAAGAGCAUCACCAUGGACUGGAUCCACCAGCAUGCAGCAGACACGGGCUUUAAGGCCGACACUCGCACGCACACAGAUGCCGCCAAAGCUGCAGCAUGA